CUGAGGGCAGUAUCGUAUUUUGCUAGGAAGCCUAGGGCAAUUGCACGCUACACUCAGUCGGACACAUUCAUUCAUUACGAGUUUAAUGGAGGCACAACUCCCACAGCUCUAGAGAAGGCGGUUUCGUGGCGAUUUUCCGAUCUGCCUGACGUUUUUUUUUACUGCAACUCGAUGAUGGGAAACUCUCCCAAUUUGGAGAAACCAGUUUAUUCUGUUGAUUAUGAUAAUCGUGCAGAUGCUGCCACACCCGAUAGACCGCUUAUCGCAUGGAAAGCAACUCGACGUCGUUCAGGAUCGCCUAUAGUUCAACAAAUUGGCACAUUUGUGAAAGGCGAUUGUGUUCGAGAAGCUUGUAAGAGGCCAGUGGAUGCCACAAGGCGAGAUGGUGCCCGUGCGAAGCGUGCGAAAUCACGUGCAGGGAAAGUAACCCAGCGUGAUAGUGAUGAUUUCCUAUUUUACGUGGACAAGGUAGUGCUGUCGAUGAGAUCCGUUGAACGAUCAUUUCCGACUUUUCGGUCAUGGAGCAACGAGCUAUUAAGGGCUAGGGAACAGGCAGAGAUUACAACUGGAGCUUUUGGUUGGGGGUUUGUCGAGGCAGAUGUGCCUACAGUUGUUGGCCGCCACCAUCACCAGUUGGAUAGAGUCGGUGUGUCAACCAAUAACGGCGAGGCUAAGAGCACGAUGGAACAUAGCGUACAGGCUUAUGUUCAAGAAUUUACAUCCAAGACUCGGCUUCUUGCUACGAUUGGGGAUGAGAUUUUAAAGUUGGUUGAAAACGCUCCACAAGUUCUAAUGCGGCUUAUAACUCCUAGGUUGCCCAACGAGAAUUCUGACCAUCCUGCUACAAACGGUGCUGGUGUUUCUGCCGAACCGGUGAUUGUUGAAGGAGUUGGACUACAGAAUAAGUAUUGUGUAACGGCAGCAGAUGUUGAUGAUGAGUUGGCUCAGGAUGAUGAAGCGCAUGUGUCUCCAAGACCAAAGAGGCGUAUCAAGCUCGGCAGUGCAAAUAAAUCGCCUUAUAAAGAGAGAGAGAUUGACGUGACCAAGAAGCUUGACGGGAAUGAGAGGAUGGUCGCUAACUGGAUAAUGAAGAAUGAUGCAUCAGAUGAAGUUGUAGUUAUAUGCCCAUCGGUUAUG